UUUAGGCAAACUGAAACAACAGUGCUAUUCUUAAUUAAAUUUUUAAUUCUUAAUUUUUACUGCUGCAACAUCUUAUUAUAUGAAACAUUGACCUGUGCAAUGGCCCUUGGUGUUCUUCUGUUAUCAGAUGAUUUUGACAAGACUGACAAAGAUGAAAUUUUUUACGUUUUAAAGGCAGAAAAAUCUGUAGAGAUCAUUAUCUUAAUAGGAGCAGACCAUAUUCCGGAUUACCUUUCACAGAUUGUAAAGGAAUUGUUUAAGGAUAAAGUUCUGGAGAUAUUAAACGCGGAAUUAAUUGCCGGAUUUCAUUUUGCCAAAAACCAUUUGGACAAUGCGAUGAUUCCAGAAAUAAAGGUAAUUUGUAAACGCAAGCAAAAAAUGACAUUCCUUUGUCAAGUAUUUUUCACUCCGGCAGUAAACUGGAAUGUUGUUGCAAUGGGCGAAAAUACUUCAAGAAGCAGUGAAACGCUAGAGAGUACAACUAAAAGUGUUCGAGACUAUCUGAGCAAAUUAAAGACUUUAGACGAAGUUAGAAUCCUGCAGUCAAAAUUGAUCCCAAAUGACUUAUUUUACCAUGGCUUUACCACACGGACGGGUGGCAUCUCUUCAAUUCCUGGAAUGAAGUCUCUUAAUAUGCUCUAUACAACUGCUAAGAGGGACCCACCCAUUAUUGUACAAGAAAACAGGCGUCGUGUGGCACUUCAAGCAGAUUUUGAUGUAGAUGCACUCUAUGUUGCAAAGGCUGUGCAUGGAAAUACGGUACACGAGAUAGGAACGGACCCUCCGGAAGAUGGUUAUGACGGUGUAGUCAGUGAUAAAUUUGGAAUCACGUGUGCAGCACCUGGUGCAGAUUGUGUCAUAAUUCUUUUUGCAGAUCCUGUGCGACGAGCUUUUGCAGCUGUUCACUCGGGGUGGAAAGGCACUGUGGCAAAUAUUCCUUCAGAAACGGUUAAAACGAUGAGAGCAAAGUUCGGCUGUCAAAACAAAAAUAUUUUUGUUGUCCUGGGACCUUCCAUUUGCAAAAAUUGCUUUGAUUUUGGCAAGGACGAUAUUAAACAAUUUGAAGACAUUAAUCCUCGGUGUGUCAUAAACAAUAACACAGAAAAAAAUCCUACUGUGGACUUAAAACUAGCAAUCCGCACUUUGUUAGAAGACGAGGGAAUUUUGCCAGAGAAUAUUGACGACACUUCGUCAAGUUUGUGUACUGUUGAACAUCCAGACUUGCUGUACUCAUACCGGAGAGACGGCCGACCGUUUGGGAACCAGAUUGGAUUUAUUGGCCUAAAGUCGCCAUCGUAAUAUAUGCUCGCCCAUAGCACCCCCCCCCCCCCCCGAUGUAUGAUGUUAUGCAUCGGUUAUAUAUAUUUUAGAUGCCUAAAGAACAUAUUUGAAAUUUUA